AAAUUAAUGAGGACUAUAUCACGUAUUACUUCACUAUCUAGUACGAUUUAUUUUAUCUCUAUAAGAAUUAGUGUGUAACUAACUUCAUGGACUUUAUUGUCCAAACUGGUUUGUAAAGUGUUACAGUGGACAAAAUGCUGUCGAGACUAACUUUUCGCAAUAUUCCUUCACAAGUGAAGACUUUAGCUUGUGGAAUUCAAACAACUGCUGUAGCAUCAUCUAAUGGACCACGUUUAAAGCGACCCAUAGAUCCACCUCCAGUUAGAUUAGGAUUUAUUCCAGAUGAAUGGUUUAAAUUUUUCUAUCCUAAAACUGGAGUUACAGGUCCAUAUGUAUUUUUAACAACUUUUUCAACAUAUUUAUUAUCCAAGGAAUGGUAUGUUAUGGAACAUGAAUUUUAUAAUGGACUUUCUUUGCUUUCAAUCAUUAUAUAUGUCCAAUAUAAAUUUGGAGCAAAAAUUGGAGCAUUUUUAGAUAAAGAAAUUGAUAAAGAUGAAGAAGAACUUAAUAAUCAGAAAAAUGAAAAUAUAGAAGAAAUUCAGAAUCAAAUUAAUGAGUUAGAAAAAGAAAAGUGGCGCAUUGAUGGACAAUUAAUGGUUUAUGAUGUAAAGAAACAAAAUAUUUGGAUGCAAUUGGAAGCAAGUUAUAGAGAAAAUUUGGCAACUAUUCAUUCACAAGUUAAAAAAAUUCUUGAUUAUCACGCUCAAAUAGAUAUUAUAAAUCGUAGAAUUUCUCAAAAACAUAUGAUGCAAUGGAUUAUAAAUAGUGUAUUAGCAUCUAUCACACCUGAACAAGAAAAAGCUAAUCUUCUACAAUGUAUUAAAGAUCUUGAAAGUCUUUCAAAAGCUUGAAGUUUUAUGCUGAACAAAAUAAAAUAAAAAUAUUAUUAGUAAUAUCUGGGCUAGUAUAUUUUAAAAA